GGGAAUACGCUACUAGCAUCAUAUCGUCAUCAUCAAAGGAAUACAACUAUAUACAAAAAGUUUCUUACAAGAGAGAGAGAAAGAAAGAAAGAAAGAAAGAAGCUGCAAAGCACAAAAGAUUAAACGGGUUCUUCUUCUUGGAUUGGAUUCUUCUUCUUCUCUCUCUCUUUUUUUUUUUUUUUUUUUAAAUUCUCGCUCUAUAUUUGUAUAAAUUGUAAACGAAAUACACUCCGCACCAGUGAGUUGAAAAAAUCCAUGCAUCCAAUAUCCACAUAUUAUACCACUAUUGGCAAAUAGCUAAGGCUGGUUUUUUCUUUGAAAUUUAACCCUUGACGACAAACCACAACCCUGACGAGUCUUUCAAUUCUCCUCUCCUUCCUUGUUAAUCCUUCUUUCUACUAGUGUUCCAGCAGAAAGCUUUCCAAUUUACCCAAGCAGAAGAGGAAGAGGAAGAAAGAACAAAAUGAUGAUGCCAUCAAUUUCACCAUCUUCUUCUUAUAAUACAGCCACAGUUUCGUCAUCAUCGGCAAUAGUUCGAGUGGAGAAGGCCACCAGCGAGUUCUUGAUCGGUCCCGAUUGGACUAUGAAUAUUGAUAUAUGCGAUACCCUCAACUCCAAUCAGUGGCUUGCAAAAGAUGUUGUCAAAGCUGUGAAGAAAAGAUUGCAGCACAAGAACCCUAAAGUUCAACUACUUGCCUUGACGCUUCUAGAGACAAUGGUGAAGAAUUGUGGUGAUUACGUCCAUUUUCAGAUAGCUGAUAGGAACAUUUUACAGGAGAUGGUCAAAAUUGUAAAGAAAAAGACUGAUAUGCAUGUUAGAGACAAAAUACUGAUGUUGUUGGACUCUUGGCAAGAGGCAUUUGGUGGCCCUGGAGGGAAAUAUCCCCAAUAUUACUGGGCGUAUGAGGACUUAAGGCGUUCCGGUGUGGGCUUUCCCCAGCGAUCAUUAGAUACAGCUCCUAUAUUUACACCUCCUAUGACGCAUCCAACACCACGACAUCCACAGCCUGGCUAUGGAAUGCCAAGCAAUUCCUCUACUAGGCUUGAUGAAGCCAUGGCUGCAGAAAUGGAAAAUUUAAGUUUGUCAAACAUAGGGUCUAUGCGCGAUGUUCUGGAUCUCUUAGCUGACAUGCUUCAAGCUGUCAAUCCAAGUGAUCACUCGGCUGUAAAAGAUGAAGUGAUACUUGAUCUUGUUGAGCAAUGUCGUUCCAACCAGAAGAAAUUGAUGCAGAUGUUGACUACUACAGGGGAUGAAGAACUUCUAGCUCAGGGCCUGGAGUUAAAUGAUAACCUCCAAAAUGUGCUAGCAAAACAUGAUGCUAUAGCAUCUGGUUUACCUCUGCCAGUUGAAUUGACAAAUCACAACCUCCAAUUGAAUGACAAACAUCAUUCUAGCAUCAAACAAGAUAAUGCUGUAAAAGGGAGUGAAACAACUAAUGGUAACCCUUCACCAGUUCCCAGGAUUCAGAUUGAUGAAGAUGAUGAAGAGGAAGAUGACUUCGCACAGCUGGCACGAAGGCACUCAAAAAUAAACAAUCUGCUACUCCGGCUUCAACCAUGCGAGGCAGUGAUGGUGGCACUCUACGAUGCUUUAGUUCUUGCUGAUCCACCAGCACCAGCUAGAACUACAAAAGAGCAAGAUGUGAUAGACCUCUUGAGCAUUACGCUGUCAACUAGUAUGUCACGCCCCCCUCAGGCAUCUACUUCCUUAAAGCAAAACCUACACGAGGGGACUGCACUGAGCUCCGGAGAUGACAACUCUUCUGUGUCUCGUGCUUAUAACCAAUCCCAGUCCGUCAAUAGUUACAUUACUCCUUGGGCUCAACCUCAAGCUCAGCCUCAACGACAGUUUGAACCGCAGCCGCAACAGCAACAAUUAGCACAGGAGUCUCAAAUGCCGCAGCCUAAGUAUCAUUCUCAAUUUUAUAGCCAACGUGAUCCUCAAUCACAGUUUAGGCCCCAAGCUCAACCAACGCUUGACCAAUACUCUACUGGCUACCCUCCACCACCAUGGGCCGCCACACCUGGUUACUUUAGCAACCCGAAUCCUUUGUCUAGAUCUCCUUAUGCAUAUUCAACAGUUCAAGCCACAUCAUCCAUCUCUUCACAAGGAACCAGAACUUCACAGCAUACGAGCAUGACACCUGUAAGUGGAAGCAAUGUGUCAGCUACAAAUGGAGAUGCACGGCUUGGUCCUGGGGGACACAAGCCCUUUAUUCCAUCAUAUAGACUGUUUGAAGAUCUUAAUGUUCUUGGAAACGCUGACGGGAGAUUUAAGAUGACAAGCAAUUCAACUCCUCUAUCUGGAACUAACGGCCAUGGCAUGGCCAGGGAGGAAAAUGAAUACAGCUUGUUGAUUUAUGCCUAGUCACUACGUUAUGCCAUGUUUGCUGGAUUUGAGAAUGUCUAUAUAGUGUACAUUUUUCUCAUUUAUAUGCCCUUUUUGGAAGUCAUGUUUCAGAGUAGAUAUUUCUAACUUUAUGGCCAUAACGUUUGUAAUCAUAGUUUUGUGGAUAUUCACACUUCAGGUUCCACAGUA